AUGGUGCUCCACAACUGCUCAACCACCAGCCCCAUAGUGGACACAGCUGUCGGCACCCUUCUGGCCCUGGAGUGUGGUCUGGGCCUGCCAGGCAACGCCAUCGCCUUGUGGACAUUCUUCUUCCGACUCAAAGUGUGGAAGCCUUACGCUGUUUACCUGUUCAGCCUGGUGGUGGCCGACCUGCUGCUGACUGCCUGCCUGCCAUUCCAUGCCACUUUCUACCUGAGACACAAGGCCUGGGGCCUGGGCCUCGCAUCCUGCCAGGCCCUGCUUUUCCUGCUGGCCCUCAGCCGGGGUGUAGGGGUGGCCUUCCUGGCUGCAGUGGCCUUAGACCGUUACCUGCGUGUGGUUCACCCUCGGCUCAAAGUCAACCUUCUACCCCACCGGGCAGCCUGGGGCAUCUCAGUCUUCAUCUGGCUUCUCUUGGGUGCCCUCACCUACCACAGCUUGCUUGUCUCCAAGCCUGCCUGGAAUGCCACUGAAUGUCACAGCUUCUACCCUAUGGCCAAGACCGCCAGCAUCACCUGGCAGGAAGGGUUCCUCCUCCUCCAGCUGUUCCUUCCCUUUGGUCUCGUCGUGUUCUGCAACUCAAGCAUCCUCAGGACCCUCCGGAGGCGACUGAGAGAGCCUGACAGACAGCCCCAGCUGCAGAGGGCCAAGGUGCUAGUCACUGUGGUGCUGCUGCUGUUUGCGCUGUGCUUCCUGCCCAAUAUGCUGGCCAGCAUCCUGGUGCACAUCCUCAGAGGCUCAGGCAGCUGCAAGGUCCUGAGUGUGGUGGUGCACGUGGCGGACAUUGCAGGCAGCCUCACCUAUCUGCAUAGCGUGCUGAGCCCAGUGCUCUACUGCUUCUCCAGCCGUGCCUUCACCCACUCCUACCGCAAGGUGCUCGACAGCCUGCGGGGCCGGAGUAAGAUAGCCAGAGCCCCCAGCCUGGACAAGGGCUCCUACUCCUGACACAACUACUGCCUCUGCUCCUGCUUCUGCAUGAUUGCCUGGGAUUUAAAGAAUGACCACUAUGAUUUUAGGGUUGCAGAGGAAGGGGAAUCAUCGAUGUGCUGUAGCUACUGCAGACAUUGUGAUGUAUACUCCCAGGAUGCUUCUCCGCUAUUUUACACAGUUGAGUGGCAAGCCAGUUAACAACCAGACCCUACUUAGAACAGUUAUAAUGCAGGGAAGUUGCCAAAUGAGAAGCCACACUUGGAGAAGUAGAACUGGCUGCAUCUAUAAGAAAGAGAGGAAGGCUGAAAGCUGGUGUUUCCCAAUGCCAUGGA